AUGUCCACGAUGCCAAACUUCAAAUCCCUGCCCACGCGAGAGGCAAGUGGCUCUGAGAAAACCAUCAUCGAGGAAGUUCUCUCGCUCUACCAGUGCAAGCCUACUGAGAAGGCCUACUCGCAUUACGCUGAAAAUGCUGUGUUCAGUGACCCUGUCUCGAUCGCACAGGGAAAAGCGGUCAUUCAAAGUCAAUUCAACGGCAUGCCCAAAAUCUUCAAGCAGAGUGAUACCAAGGAGUGCAGAGUUCUCGAUGACAAGAGCAAGCCAAAUGCGAUUGUACUCGAUCUGACUCAACACUAUGUCUUCAAAUUGGGCAAUUUUGAAAAGACCCUCAACUCUCUCAUCACCCUUGAAUUACAGAACGGCAUGAUUCAACGCCAUGAAGAGCAGUGGGACGGCAAGCCCAACGCAACUGCGGCAGAUGGAUUCUUUGGCAAGCUGGCAGAAUGGCGAAAGAUCGCGGGAGCGAAAUUGAUUCAUGCCGUUGUUGGACCCGACCCUAGCAAAGUCUAA